AUGAGUUCAUCGAGAUUGCCGCAAUUGCCCAAUCAAGAUCCUCAGGACAAAUUUCAUUUCAUGGUUGAAAGAUCUUCUCUAUUCAUGGAAAUGCAAAAGGCCGGAAUGUUUUGCAAUUGCGUUAUUAACGUCGAUGGUACCCUUUUUAAUGUUCACCUGGAGGUCCUGUGUGCCUCCUCGGAAUACUUCGAUAAUAUAAUUCGGCGCGACUCUGUCAUUGAUGAUGUGGUUACACUUCACAAUAUCACUUCCUCUACAUUCUCAACAUUGCUUAACUACCUUUAUACCGGACACAUGGAAUUAAACAUGUCCAACUUCCUUGAUAUUUACGUUGCUGCAGACUUUCUUAUUUUAAACUCUGCUCUUGACUACUGCCGAAAAAUGCUUUACGAAAAUUUCCAGGGGAAAGUGUCCUCUGAAGCAUUCGACGUGGCUUUAGACAUUCUGAGUCACUAUGAUGAUGCAAUUAUCUUUGAGGGUUUUGUUGCGCAUCGGAAUCUUUUUAAACGAGCAGGUAGUGACUUUAGUCAUUAA